AUGGCGCUGGUAAACCCCGAGUUGUGGACGCCCCAACAGGUGCAAGAAUGGCUCAAGCGCUUUGAAAACGGUCGCUUUGCACACUUUAUUGGUCCACUGAAGGACCGCAAAGGCGCAGACAUUGUGCGCUUUAGUGCUGCUGACUGGGCGCAGCUGACGCCUCAAGACCUGGCCACGAGUCUUCGCUUUACGCUGCUGGGCAUGGUGCAGGUGGCUACCCAUGACGAGCCAUUGGCCAUUGUGACCGACUUUGUGUCGUUAGUUGGGCACUCACCUGGAAAGAUCAAGAGGGAGAAGGAUGCACUCACGAAGACGGUGCCAGUCAAGUUCCCGCCCAUGGUGGAGCUGCCGUCGGUGCCCGUGAUGGUCUGCAUCCUGCUGUUUGGUGUCCUGAUUGUGCUGUGCUUUACCGUACUGCGUCAACCGCUUUCGGACGUUGGCAUUGAGUCGAAAAGUCUCUUGAAGUAUGGCUCCAUCCCACUUGUUAGCGUAGUGUUUACGUACUUCCACAUUUGGAUCGCGCUGUGGAUGACGUUCUAUCCACUUGUGUACACUGGGUGUUUCCAGAUUCCGAAGACCAAUGUGGGCCUUGGGUGGCAGGGGAUUGUACCGCACAAAGGCGAGAAAAUGGCUCGUCAGGCUGUGCAGAUUAUGACGCGUCAAUUGCUGGACGUGUCGGAGAUUUUUUCGAGGAUAAAACCGGCACAAGUCGUGCGAGAGCUGGAACCGAUAAUGUUUAAUAUGAUCCAUACGGUCGUGGAAGACAUGGCGCUGAAGUACAGUCCCGAUUUGUGGGCUGUGCUGCCGGCCAGGGUAAAAGAAGAGAUUGUUGAAAAGGUCAAGGAAGAGUCGCCUGCUCAUAUUGAGGCGCUCAUGGACGAGAUUCGCAACAACAUCGAAGAUGUUUUUGAUUUGGAGGACAUGGUGGUGACCAACAUGUGCAAGGAUAAGCAGCUUUUGGUGAACAUGUUUGUGAUGUGCGGCUACUCCGAGCUGGCUUUUAUCCGAAACUCAGGUGCCUACAUGGGAGGGAUUUUCGGCCUCAUGCAAAUGGGGGUUUGGUUCGUAUACUCGGAUCCGAUUGUUGUGUUCCCCGUGAUCGGUUUGCUUGUGGGCACUGUCACGAAUUGGCUCGGUCUUAAGAUGAUUUUUGAACCCGUGAAUCCCCGGAAAUAUUGCGGUAUUACUUUUCACGGUCUGUUCUUGCGGCGUCAGAGCGAAGUUGCCGAGGUCUAUGGAAGAAUGGUUGCUCGUGACGUUUUAAACUCACGGAACAUUUUUGAGGCUAUACUAAAAGGUCCGUACUCGGAUCGUCUGUUCGAGCUCGUGUACGACAACGUCCAGGAGGCUGUUGAUGCUGCUACUGGGACAACGCAAAAGAUUAUCAACUUCAGUAUUGGCAAGGAGACGUACGCUAAUAUUAAGGAAGACGUGACCAAUCACAUUGUGGAAAUCUUCCCGGACAGUCUUCGUCAUAUCGAGAGCUACGCCACGGCUGCUAUGGACAUGGAAGUGACGCUGCGAGAAAAGCUGAAGCUGUUGACUUUUGAGCAGUUCGAAAGCCUGCUCCACCCCAUUUUCGAGGAAGAUGAGUGGAAACUUGUGGUCAUGGGUGGUGUCUUAGGCGUUGUGAUUGGUAUUGUCCAGGUUUAUCUUAUCGAGCACUGA